AUGGCUGCCACUUUUAUAAAGUCUGUAGAAAUUGUAAAAAUUAUGGAAGAAAAAAGAAUCCGUGUAGAGCUGGAUUCAGAGGUAUGCGAGUUGGAUGUGGCAGACUGUAGCACACUUGAAGACAUAAAGGGGAAGAUAAAACUGAUGUACAAUAUAGAAGAUGUAGAAUUGUUUCAUAAAGAAAAUCUUCUUAAAGAUGCAGAGGAGUACACAAAGCUGUUGGAGAAAAUAGGACAGGUUGACAUAAAGGCAAUACUUAGAAGACGUGCGGCUGCAGAUUCAGAAGGCUGUGAAGCUUCAGAGCCUCCAAGCGCACUUCAUUCUGAGAGCCCGCAGCAGUUGCAGGAUUUAUGUGAGAAUCUAGAAAGUGUCUACACAAUAAUAGAAGAUAGAAGCACUGUUAAUAUAAUAAAUGAAAAAAAGGAGGCAGAGGAGGCUAAACUCAAUGAAAAUUUUAGUGAGCAGGAGAAGACUGCCAAAGAAAUAUGCGAGGGUGCAGAGCUAGACAGCAAAAGCGAUGAAGACGAGGUAGUGGAUGUCUAUGAAAGUGACACGGGCACUAAGCAUCACGAGUCAACUGAGACAGAAGGCGAUAUAAAGCAGAUGUCAAGCGAUGCACAAACAGAAUGUUCAGGCGCAUCAGUUGAAACAAAAGUUCUAGAAGUGAACCAUAUAGAUGAAGAUGCUGGACCAAUGAAAACAGAGGAAACCAAGCCACUGUGCAUAAGUGAUGGCGAUAGCGUAGAGUCUUUGUUAAGUAGCAAAGCAGAAGAAAAUAAUAGCAUGAAUGCAGAAAAUACUAAUGUUAACAAUCUGGCAGAUUCAGCAACAUUCUCUGCUAUAGGACAUAUGGAAAAGCCACACAUAAAUGAAAUGGUUUCUGUCAAAAUAAUAGGGACAAGCAAAGAAGUCUUUGUGAAGAAAAGUUCUCUAAUGACGAUUAACGGGAAGGUGUACUUUAUAAAGAAAAAGAAAAAGACCCCAACAAACACAUUGUAUUCUCUGCUUGCAAAGAUAGUGCCAAAAAUAUCUUCUAUUGCCACCUACCUAGUUCUUGGUAUGUUUCUCACAUUUUAUAUGAACAAGGUGUUCAUUAUACUUCUUCUUGCAAUUUUGGCUCUCAUUAUGCUAGAUAAGAUCCGGAUGAGGGUCGAGUUUCGUCGAAAUGAUAGAUUUAAGAAUAUUCUAAAGCAGAUUCUAUGCUUUGUAGGGUCAUUAUUUCUGAAUCCUGGCCAUAAUCUAAGCAUAUAUGAAAGAAGCACAGAAUAA